UUUCGGUCAGAUCAAUCUUGUUUCAACUCUGUACAGACGUAAACAAAUGGGCCCUAAAAAUCUAUCGCACGGGCUGGAGUGCUUUAGCAACACCCUUUGGAUUUAGGCGACCCUAUUCCAUCUUCCGCCGAACAGUUUGGAAAGAAUUGGGCAUCUUCCAUACCUGGUUCGAUAUACAGGGAAAUCAGCGGAACAGUUUCCAAAGAACUGCAGUGAUGUGGCCCUGCAGGAUGAGAAAAUCAAUUGUGCGAGCGUUUCUUCAAUGUCAAAGCUUGAAUUUCAUCUGCAGACAUAAUACGAAUUAUAAUCAUUAUGUGUCGAGAACCAUCCCACUUUCAUCUAACACUUCUUCUGAAUCCCCUGAAAGAAGCUACAAGAUGGAGGUGGAAGAAAAGGUUGGAUCUAGCUCUGAUCUAGUGACGAUAACAUCAAAUGCUACUAGAAGUUGGAAGGAAUUGAGAAAAGAGAAGAUAAAAUACCAUAAGGUCACAAAAGGAGAUGUGAUUGAUAUAAGAAAGUUUCUCUUCACCGAAUAUAGGGAUUACCUCAUUAGAUAUGAUGACAAUACACAGGUUAAGGCUGAACAUUUGGCAGGAAAAGUUGUUAUCAUAUACUUUGUGUCACUAUCCCUUCAUAUUCGUGCCAGAUCGGUAGAGGAGUAUGACACAAUUUUCUUGACAAACAUUUACAAUUAUUUACGUUCAAGUCGUGAUAUUGAGAUUGUUCUCGUUGCUAUUGAUGAUGAAAACGAAGGAGAAUGUAAGAAGCGAUUUGAAGAUAUAUUUUCUCGCAUGCCUUGGAUUGCCAUUCCAUUUUCUGAUGUCAUUUGUAGGAGAAGUUUGGCUGCAAACUUUCAUGUGAAUGUUACUACUACCAUGUUUGUUGUUAAUUCAAAUGGCACGGUUUUGCAGGAUGAUGCUAAGUUCCUCAUUGAAGAUUACGGGGUCCAGGGUUUUCCAUUUAGUGAUGAUAGAAUAAAAAUACUUGAUGCAACAGAUGAAGCAGAUAUUCAGCAUCCAUCCUUAAUAACCCUCCUGGGCUCCCCUCAACGUGAUUAUGUCAUCACAAACAAAGGCGAGAAGGUACCUAUUUACACUCUGGAGGAGAAGAUGGUAGCUCUAUAUUUUUAUGAAGAUGGUACAUGCCAUUCCAAAGAAGAAAUAGCAAGGGUUUAUAAAGAGUUGAUCAAAACUGAAGAAAAUUUUGAGGUGGUUCUCAUUUACCUCACUGACACACCACACACUUACCAGAGUACAAAUGAAGAGUCAUUUUGGAAGGCAUUUCAGACUAUGCCUUGGUUGGCACUGCCAUUUAAAGAUCCGAAUAUUCAGAAGUUGAAGCGAGUUUUUGAGUUUCAUCCACAACUUGAAGAUGAUCAUUAUGAUAGAUGUCCAGUACUUGUAAUCUUUGGACCUCAUGGAGAAUUUAUUGAACCAUUAGGCCACCUAAUCUUGGGGGUAUAUCCAGUCUACCCUUUUACUUUUGAGAGAGUUGCCAAGUUAGAGACAGAGAAAGUCCAGAAUUUGAAGAUGGAGAUGCUGUGGGAUCCAAACACUGUCUUUAAAAGAACAGAUGGGUCGCAGAUGAGAUUCUCUCAACUUGCUGGGAAGAGGGUCAUUAAUUUUUUUGAGAGUGGAGUCUACAGUGGACGGGAUCACGGUUUAUUAAAAUUGUUAAAGGAAAUGUAUCUUGCGUUCAAGGGCACAAAUGAUGAGUUUGAAGUGAUCCACAUUUUGGAAAACGAAAUGAAAACUAUGAUACCAAUUCAAGAUUUGCCAUGGUUGGUUUCACUUGAGAACGAGUUGUUACCUGGCGGUUAUGAUUUCCAUGAGUGCUAUGAAGAAUGUCAUAUUAACUCUACAUUUCUUGCUUUCGACCAAGAAGGAAAACUGGUAAGAAGAACAAUAUAUCCUGUGCUCGAGAAUACAGAUUUUCCCUUUUAUGCUGGUAGUAUGGAGGAAGAGACCUUGUCUCAGUUAAUUAUGAAUUUUGGGUGGGACUACUGGACCUACUACCCGAAUAAAGGGCGGAUUUACACUUUUCAUAAAAAACUGAGACAACAGAGUGUGGAGCAUUAGUUUGUAGAGUAAUGCUAGAGCACCCCCACUGCUUGUUUAUGUUCCUACAUGCCCUGAUUUCUUUCCUGCAUCUAGGUGUAAUUUAAACCGUUACUUUUGUGUGUGUGUGUGUGUGUGUGUAUUUAGGAAUUCUUAGCUUAAUAAUGAUUAAGUUGACUAUUAUACGUCUUUUCCUCAAUCCAGUCACAGAGACUUUCAUCUUUCGAACA